CGAAGACGAGGGUGCCAUUGUUAAAAGAGUAAAGGAAGAAGAAGAAGAAGAAGAAAACGAGGAAAAUGAAUACCGACAUUACAGCUUCUGCGAAGCCGGAAUAUCCAGUGAUAGAUCGGAAUCCACCCUUCACAAAGGUGGUGUCCAAUUUCAGCGCCCUCGAUUACUUCCGAUUCACCACCAUCACCGGCAUCUCCGUCACCGUCGGAUAUCUCUCCGGUAUAAAGCCGGGUAUUAGGGGCCCGUCAAUGGUGACAGGAGGAUUGAUUGGGCUAAUGGGAGGCUUCAUGUACGCUUACCAGAACUCUGCCGGAAGGCUCAUGGGCUUUUUCCCCAACGAAGGAGAGGUAGCUAAGUACAAGAAAUCGCUAUCUAUCUGAGCUAUUUUCGUUUUUUAGCAUUCCAAUCCAGGAAUUUGGGCGUCUGUUUCAAUAUGAGAUUUGUGGACCAAUGUGAUAAUUACGAAUAAUCGUAUUGAUGUUAAUGUUUGAUGAUGAAUUCAAUGAAACAUUCUCUGAAUUCGGUCUUGCAAGCUGCUUGACCUUCAUUGUUUUCCUUGAAAUAUCAAAAUGUUUUGGUUUUUGCCAGCAUGGUUAA